UUCUCUCUCUCCCUCUCUCAACCCUAAAGCCUCAAUCUUUCAGAUCUCUCUCUCCCCUUAGUCUCGAUAUUAUCUUCGUCUCAGUACAUCCAUGGAGAUAUUGGUAAGGUAGGGUCUCUUUGUCGCCUCUGACAGCAAGCAUCUCGCGGAUUUUAGGGUUUUUGUGAGGGGUUUAUUGAAGAAAUGGCGACCAUGAACCCGUUUGAUUUGUUGGGUGACGAUGAUGCCGAGGACCCGUCGCAGCUGAUCGCAGCUCAGCAGCAGAAACUGGCUGCGGCGCCCAAGAAGGCAGUCCCGGCUCAGCCGGCCAAGGCGGGGGUUCAGGGUCAAGAGACCAAGCCGGCCAAGCUGCCUUCCAAGCCUGCACCUCCUGCUCAGGCUGUGAGGGAUGCAAAGAAUGAAGCUGGUCGCGGGGGAGGUCGUGGAGGUGGACGUGGAUAUGGUUAUACCCGUGGACGUGGUGGUGGUGGUAGUGGUGAUGGGGGUUACAAUCGCGAAUCAGCCAACUAUGAGAAUACAUUCAGCAACAGUGGAGCUCCUGCUGGUCAAGGUGCUCAUGAAGAUGGUGAUGAGAGGGAAAGGCGUGGCUAUGGCGGACCUCGUGGUCCUUACCGUGGUGGUCGCCGUGGUGGUUUCGGAAAUGGGGAAGCUGGUGAUGGGGAACGCCGCAGGGUAUAUGAACGCCGUAGUGGGACUGGACGCGGAAGUGAAGUCAAACGCGAAGGUUCUGGUCGUGGCAACUGGGGAGCACAAGCUGAUGAACUUUCUGAGGUGACCGAAGAAGUUGCUAAUGUAACUGAAAAGAAUUUAGGUGAUGAGAAGCCUGUGGAAGAGGGAGAUGCAGCAGAUGGCAACAAGGAUACCCCUGCUAAUGAACCUGGAGAAAAAGAACCUGAGGAUAAGGAAAUGACACUUGAAGAGUAUGAGAUGCUCGAGGAGAAGAGGAAGGCCCUUCAGGCACUUAAGACUACUGAGGAAAGAAAGGUUGAUGCUAAGGAAUUUGAAUCAUUCCAACAGCUAUCAAACAAGAAGGCCAAUGAUGAAAUCUUCAUUAAAUUGGGCUCGGACAAGGAUAAGAAGAAAGAUGCUGAGAAGGAAGAAAAAUCCAAAAAGUCUGUCAGCAUCAAUGAGUUCUUAAAGCCUGCUGAAGGGGAGAGAUCCUACAACCCAGGUGGUCGUGGCCGUGGCCGUGGUCGUGGUUCCAGAGGAGGAGGGUUUAGCAGCAAUUACUCGCAUAGCAGUGCAGCAGCCCCAUCCAUUGAAGAUCCUGGGCAGUUCCCUACCUUGGGCGGCAAGUGAGUUUCAUAAGAACCCUACCUGCAUUCUCAGUGGCAUUCGAUUUUUGGGUUCUUUCCGUUCAUCUGAAGCAGGAAAUUAGCUAGAAUAAUUGGGUUUCCUGUAUUAAUUUUUUUUUAAAAGAAAUUUUAUGACUUAAAACUGUAAAUUUCAAUUUCAUAUGUCCCCAGUAGUUUUUUUUUUUUUUUUUUUCUUUUUUCUUUUUCUUUUUUAAUUGUUGUGCAAUGUGACUUGGUUUUACGACUUUGGGGCAUGUGAACAUCCUUGACCAGUUUUGCUUUCGAAUAGAUUGUGUUGACUUGUCGCCUCUA